AUGGCCCGGAUUGAAGGAGACGACGUUGAGCUGCUGAAGGCGUGGAUCGUGUCCAAGGCCGAGUCCAAUUCGGACGCUGAGCCAGAUGUGCUGGCGGACUAUGUCAUUGCGCUGUUGAACAACGAGCACGGUGCUGAUGACGGGCUCGUGGGCGUGCUAUCCACGGAGCUGGAUGUGUUUGUCCACGAUCCAGCGUCGUUUGCACAGGAGGUUGUGAAGUGUGUUAUGGAGAGGUCAUUUGUGCCGGCUGAGCAGGGCAAGCUACAAGAAGAGCGUAGUUUCGCCUCAGAAUAUGGUGAACGUGACUUUCCACCUGGCCAGAGCAAGCAACAGGCCCAGGGGAAGUCCAGAGGCAUUGAAGAUUUGAUUUCCAAGACAGUGGUUCCUAACUCGACGGAGAUUGUCGUUACACACCUCCCGUCGGAUAAGCUCGACAGCUCAAAGCUGCGAGAGUUCUUCUCGAGGUUUGGCGACGUCCACAACGUUGUCGUUGAUACUUCGCUCAGAGCAGCUGUGCUGCAAUUUGGCGACCACAGGUCUGCAAAGAAGGCCUGGUCCAGUCCACAGCCCAUAUUCGACAACAGGUUCAUCAAGGUGCACUUUAGACGGGAGCACGAGCCGGAACCAGCAGAGAAGCCCCUCAACAUGGAGGAGUUCAAGCAGCAGCAACUGUUGAAGCAGAGACAGUUCGAAGAAAAGCGCAUCAAGAGGCUGGAGCACGAUGCCAAGCUGAAGCAGGUUAUCGAACUGAAGGAGAAGAUGCUCGAAGGGUUCGAGGCCCAGCUGAAGUCCCUGGAAGAGGAACUCAUUGCCCAUCCAGAGAACGAGGUGCAGAUUAGAGCUAAAGUUGAACAGAUACAGAUCAAGAUGGUUCAAGAGGGAAUAACACCACAUGCAAUUGACGAGGAUAAGGCCAGGCUGGAAGGAAGACACGCGUUCCCUGCUAUCACUAGAGGGUCGAGCCAUAGCAGAGGACGAGGGCGAGGACGAGGACGAGGCCGUGGUGGGUAUACAGGAUUCUCACCAUACACUAGACCACACUCGUUCGCUGGUCCAAACAGGAAACUGGACCUGCGCACUAAAACCCUCGUUAUUAAGGGCCUGUCAGACCCAGACGACGAAGGUUUCCAAAGAGCCCUCGGUGUCUUUGGUCACCAGUACGUCUCUGAAUCAUCCAAGCGUGAUGACGGUUCCAUCAAGGUGACGUUUGUUGAUAGGCAUUACGCGGAGAGAUUCCUCCAGGAGAAAGUGGAGUUGGAUGGAAGACCACCACUGGAGAUGCACUGGGACGAAACUGCCCGGCUGACAACGCCCAUGUCUCCAGCAGACACAAACACUUGCUGA